UUAGAUAGUGUUAAAAUGUUAAGUAUUUUCAACAAAUAAAUUAAAUUAAUAAAACUAGAAAUGGCUAGCUCGUUGGAAAGUAAAAUAAUAGAUUUACAAGCUCGUUUGCAGCGAGAAAAUGAAGCUAACGAUAAGGAUCCAAUUUCUCAUGACAUUGGAGGAGGAUUUGGAAGUCCCAGACCUGGAUCUGGAAAAAGGCCCCAAAAGUUGGGCGAGAUGAGUACACCAAGAAGGGCUAAACCAAUAGACCUGCCAGUUAUGUUCCCCCAACCUAAACAACAAGACGCUCAAGAGAUAGAUAACAAAAUGAAAGAAAUCAUCAAGCUCAGCGGUGUGCUCUGUAUUGACGGAAAGAAAUAUCAUUCUGAAAUCAGAGACCUUGAAGAUCUCGGGGAACUUGGCAACGGAACUUGCGGCCACGUUGUCAAAAUGCUUCACAAACCUAGCCAAAAAGUUAUAGCAGUUAAGCAAAUGAGGCGUUCAGGCAACAGUGAGGAGAACAAACGUAUCAUCAUGGACCUGGACGUUGUGCUCAAGUCGGAAUGUCCGUACAUCGUGCAAUGCCUCGGCUGUUUCAUCACAGAAGCCGAUGUGUGGAUCUGUAUGGAACUGAUGGCUACUUGUUUCGACAAACUGCUCAAGCGACUCAGGUCGCCCAUACCCGAACAAGUGCUCGGCAGGAUUACAUUGGCUACUGUGAAGGCUCUACACUACCUGAAGGAGAACCACGACGUAAUCCACAGAGAUGUCAAGCCUUCCAACAUCCUGGUGGACGAGAAGGGCAACGUGAAACUGUGUGACUUUGGCAUCUCGGGAAGACUUGUAGAUUCCAAAGCCAAGACCAAGAACGCUGGAUGUGCUGCUUAUAUGGCGCCGGAGAGGAUAGACCCGCCAGACCCCCGGCGGCCGGCGUACGACAUCCGUGCGGACGUUUGGAGCCUCGGCAUCACACUGGUGGAGAUGGCCACAGGGGUGUUUCCGUACAAGGACUGCAAGUGUGACUUUGAGGUGCUAAGUAAGGUGAUGCAGGACGAUCCUCCAGCUUUGCCCACUGACCAAGGCUUCACUCAGGACUUCCAGAGCUUUGUCAAGUGGUGCUUAACGAAGAACUACAAAAACAGGCCAAAGUACAGAGACUUGUUGGACCACCCGUUCCUCAAGUUGUAUGAGAGAGAGAGCGUCAACGUAGCCUCAUGGUUCGGCCUCACGCUGAGUCAGAUAGAACCUCCGGCUGCUGUCACCCCUAUACCUACCCCUCUACCUGUGGCUGUCCCUGUGCCUGCCACUGUACCAGCUGCCGUACCUGUGUCCAUGGUGCAGAGGUUUACGCCACCUCCCCCCUCGCCAUCCACUCGAAGACACGCCCCUCUGCCUCUACAACACCACCGGUCGCUGUCGGAAACCUGCUCGUACCAAAGUAACGGAGAGCUGCCCAGCGGACGGUAUUCUCCCUUCAGAAUGGGCGAUCCACCUCCUAUCUCCCCUCGCUACCAAAACACAGCUCCUGAGUGGGACAGGAGUAGGAUGUACAGUGGAAUCAUGCCUUCGCCCAUCCCCACCAGGAAGAGGUUCCAGGACCCUUUGCCUGGCAACACUAGUCCCCUGAUGCUGCAGAGAUUCCACCAUCAGCAGAGUCAGCACAACAGGUCGACGUCGGUGUCACCAUGCAGGCAAUACACCUCGGAGACUGUUAAGUUGGAGGACUCUGGCAACAAGAAGCGGUACUCUUCCUUCGUCAAGCUCCAGGUGGGGGGAAGCCUACCUCCCCCUCACAGCCCCGAGCCCCCGCCUCGCCACAACCGUAUGACCUCACCACUGCUCAGGAGGAACUUCAUAGAAACCUCGUCACCGUCUCCGGCCCGCAGGACCUUCCAGGAGAGCAGUCAGUCACCACUGCUGUCUCGGAGGCAUGUAUCACCAGCACCCCCGCAGCCCCCACCUCGUAGACUAUCAGACUGCAACUCCGUACCAGGGUCACCCCGUCGCCCCGCCAGGUUCCAACACACACCCGAGCCACAGCGCAGAGUGGUGCACAAUCGUGAAGUGGUAAGUUCGUUCCUCGGUAGUGCCAAACAACUAGUAAACAAAGCGGUUUGGUACUCGCAUCGUCUGGUGUCUGGCUCGUCGAGCCGCUCGGAAAAACAUCAAACUCACCACGUAGCUCUCGGAAACUGAGUUGCCAACUUGCAACUCACAAGGGUAUUCUUGGCAUGAACCAACUAUCAAAAACCUUUUCAAAAGACACAAAUUAAUCUACUUUGUUUUGCUGGUAGAUUAUGACAGAAAUGUUGUUGUAUUACAUAAACCUAACAAUAACUGAUUGACUUGGAAAUUGUGUAGAUUUUUAACCAUGCCAAAGCAUCAAAUAAUUGGUGAUCAAGAGUUCACACAUAUUUUUCAGAAUCAAAUUUCCUCUGGAAUUGUCGUAUAUGAUUGUAAACUAUGCAACUCGAAUUGAUCAUACUAAAUCCUUGGUGAAUGAUCACUCAAAAAGGUUGUUGAGAAUCAGUAUUUUAAGUUUAACAAACCCCAUCAAAUAUUGUUGCUCGUGGAAUCAUUUUGUUGUCAAUAUUACUUUUGACAGAUUUGUUCACUUGUGUAAUUGAUUUUAUGAUUCCUUAUCAUAUCCAUUUUUCAUUUUCCUUCAUUACCCGAUUUUUUGUAUCCGAUCAAAAUUACACUUUGGACCCGCUUUUAUCACCAAAGAUUAAAUCCAUGGUCAGUUUUCAGUGGGUUUUCUUGUGCCAUUGUGUUUGAUGCAGACCAGUUUUGUAACAAACGUUUUUAGCAUGUCCAAAGAUUUGAUUUACAACUGAUCAGUAUGUUUUACCACCUUUAGAGUUUAACAGUUUGUAUCAUUGUAAAUAAUCACUAUCAUUUUUGUGUGUAUGUGUUGCAGUUAUAUUGGCCUUCAAUUCAAAGUAAAUAUUUUUUCCCAGAUAGUCCCUGAAACUUUAUCAAAACUGUGUGUCAGAAGUUUUUUUAUUAUCUAUCAACAAGUUGAAUCCCAAAUUGUUUACCUUAUAAAUGUAUUAAUAUUUUUUGUUUUAAACUAUAUACUAUAUUAUUUGUAGGUAUAAACAAUUUUACCAUUAAAGAUUUUAUCAAAAUAUGUUUUCAAUUUCAAAUAUUGUGGCUGAACGCAAUUUUAUGUGAUAGUUAAUUUUACAUGUAAUACAAAAGUUCAAACCAUUUUUGUAUAUAAUCAUGGAAGAUUUACUUAUUAGGUUUCGAUUAGUUUUAUCGUGUACUUAACGCAAUUUAUAUAAUCUUAAAUAUAACCCUUUUUUUAAAUCCCUCGCUAUUCCAAAAUAAAUGGAGUGCAUGUCGCAGGUUGAUAAGAGAUGGCUUUCGAUGGUUUUUCAAAAUUAUAUCGUUUUAAGUAUGGUAUUUUUCGCUUGUGAAACAAAUUGCCUCUGCUGAUAUUAUAGGUGUCAUUAUUCAGUUUUACCACAAAGAAGUAAGAUACAGAGAAUACACGCUUAUGGGACAAGCGUGCGCUUUUAGCUCUGGUACGUUUUGGCGGAAAUGUACAAGUAUCGAGCAAGGAAGAGCACGAACGGUGAUGGCCACAUCAUUUUUGUAUAGCAGUUGUAGUGCACAAGGUCUUCCGAAUGUAUGAGCGCAGUACGUGAUGGCGAUAGGAGAGCGGAUGAGAGUAGAAUUUGCUCUAGACGCCAGCGACUGGUGCUAGACACCACUACGAAUGUAUCUGUUUCUUACUUCUCUGUGGUUUUACGCUUGUAUUUAUGUAAUCACGUCUCUGUACAGUGCCUGAUAUAAAAGAUGUAACUGUAAUUACUUGUAACAAAUUGGAUUCUGUAAGUGCACUGAAAAUGUCAAUUUUAAGGUGUUUUUUAAUUUUUCGAUGGAAAUUCAAUCCCGGGCCAGUUUGUUGUAGUUUAUCCUGAGAUUGUAGGAUUAUGACAUUUUCGGGGUUAAAAAGUAUCCAAGCUAUAAUGAAAUGAGUUUAACAAAAUAAUUUACACGAUUUUCAAAUAAAAAUGAUGAUAAUUUCACAGAAAACAGUAA